UUUGUACAGCUUACCUGAUAUGUCUGAAGAUAAGGCUGGCAAAGUGUGUCUCUGUUUCCUUGGAAUAUCGCAGUCAAGUAGGACAACUAUAUUCACAGGGUACCCUCCUGACCCCCCUGUCAAUUUUACCUGUAUAUCAUAUAACCAGCAAAGAAUGGUAUGUUCCUGGAGUUUACCCAGGCGAAAUUAUGGAGCUAAAAGCUCAGUGAACACUAGAUUGUUAUACAGCAAAGAAGGGGACAGCCGCUUAUAUCCCUGUCCCAAAAAACGUAACAUCACCAGCCCAGAUUCGUCCCCAGGUGGUGCAUGUACCUGGACCAUGUCAUCCAGCAGAAAGGACAUGUCAAGAGCCCAUGCUUAUAAACUGACCCUAGUGACCAGUAGUGAAUGUUUUGGAGACAUUACUGAGACCAUAGAUUUGUAUACUGAUUACCAUUUAGAGAAACCCAAUCCAGUGAGUGACAUCAACACCUAUAUCAUCAAUAGCACAGCCCUGCAGGUAAAUUGGAAACCCCCUAAUGAGUUUCCAACAGGGUACCUGGACUGUCUAAGUCAGUCAGGGGUCACGACCUCUGACCCUUCAAGGUGCCACAACUGCCUGGGUGGAAAUGGCGGGUUGCUGUAUGAAGUCCAGUACAGCUCCAUCAUUUGGGGCGAUGCUGGGGCAGUCUUACUUUGCAAACCCAAUGUGAACCACAUGGAAAACAUUUCUCUGAUCAUAUCUGGACUUAGGCCCAAUUCCGAUUAUUCCAUCACAAUAAGAGUGAGGCCAAAUGGUGAUGGGAUAGAAGAGGCUGGCUACUGGAGUGACCAAGCUAGUGUCCAGUCUGAAUUGACUUGGGAAUCAGUUCCAACAGCUGCUCCAGAAAUUGUUGGAUUGGUGCAACUAAAUGGUGGCAAAGCAGAACUGCUGUGGAAGGAGAUACCCAGAGAAUUGCAGAAUGGCCAGAUUAGGUCUUUGAAUGUAACACUUACAAUAGCGAGUGGCAACAUUUGUCAGUCUCAGCUGUAUGAUACUAGUGAAUCCGUUCCUCCACUUGGAAUCCCGCUGACACCAGUGUACUUGCAAACCAAAAAUACAAACCAGUCACUAGGAUUACUUCUGAAUGCAGCAACAUCAGCAGGCUUUGCCAGGAAACCUAGCAUGAAGAACAUUUACUUGUCAGCAGAAAGGGUCUUGAGGCAUUUUGUUGCAGAAGUUGAUGGCAAAGAGGCUGUUCUAAGCUGGAAAGCACCAUUGUUUACCACACCACCAGAUAACUACACUCUUGUCUGGUGCAAAGGACUGUAUGGAACUCAGUGCGAGGACAGUCUUCAGACCUUGAUCCUGGAUGAAAACAGUCUGGGGAUCACAGUUAAUGAAUCUAGGUUCCAAUAUAACCUAACACUGCCAGAAGCAGCAGAAAAUUAUAUUUUCCUGCUCUCUGCCAAUUGGGAAGAUGCCUGGGGGUCUAUGGAGUACCCAGAUUGUCAUCACAAUUUUAAGUAUUAUGGAGAAGUACCUUCCUAUGACAGUGCCUUCCAUUUGGAGUCGAGUGAAGACAACAUCAUUGUUACCUGGAGCCCUCCCAGCUUUGACAGGGAAAGUGGCCAUAUCAUUCAAUACACAGUACAGAGUUGUGAAGCUACAAAUACCAGCAAAUGUCAGUCAGUCACAUUGGUACCUGACUGCCAGUGCAGCUUUCAAUCAUAUGGCUGCAAUCCUUCAUGGCAAAUCCAGAUACCUAAGUUAAGGUCCUCCACAAACUACACAGUCAGUCUCAAGGCACAUACCAGGUUUCAUCAAAGCGUUUUGGCUGUUGACUAUGUGACUACCAAACCAGGAAUUAGUAAUCACGGUCAGCCCAUUACUGGCUUUGUCAUAUUGGGUGCUGUUUUAGCUCUGGGUGUGAUAGUGACCAUAGCAGUAUGUGCAGUUCGGUGGUUGAAAUCUUCUAUGCAGCCAAUAGAUAUUGAUGUCCCAGAAAAUCCAGAAAAAUUUCAGUACUUUGAAGAUAUGGACUCCUCCUCGAGUAGCCAGAUGGCAGUUAGAAGACAGAGGGACGAAGACCGCAUCGCAGGCCAGGAGGAUAGUUCAGCCUUGGUACAGCAAGAAAGUCAGGAAAAUGUACCCUGCAGAGGCUAUCAUUGGUGUCAGUAUCUUUAUUUGCACUUGAAAUCGAAAUUUUGCAGAAGGGCAAGAAGAAAGGAAUUGUCUGAAUUGAAGGGACUUGACAGACAGGACACCGUCCAAAGUGAUGACAGUGGUUUGCCUCAAUCCCCCACACCUCAAUUCCUGAACAAUACCUCUGAUCCUGACCUGCCAUUUGAGCAGCCACCACGGCCCAUCUUGGACAACCAGGCACACCAACCUCCCUCUGGUGACACAUCACAUAGUCAUUCCUCUGCUGAGCUGGUGCUGAGAUGCCCAACAGAAGACUUAGAAAUUAAUGCCAGUCACAGAUGUGAUAGUAUAGGUUUGCAAAUAACUAAGCCUGCUGGUGAUUUUACAGAGAGUGCAGAAGGUGAAGGAACCCUUGCUGGUCAAGGGAACAAUCUCAGUAACCCUUGUAGCAGUGAUGAGUGUUUGAAUAGCAGUUACACACAGUUUGCUCUGGCAGAAACCCCCAUGUUUUCUUCAGUGGAGACAUUACCCGAGAGCCAUAGUAGUAGUCAAGAAUUUGUUUCACAGGAGGAUUUGAGAAAAUCUUUGACUAGAAACCUUGUAGCUGAUGGUACAUGUAUAUGUAGUCCUAACUCCAUUGCAUUGCCAUUGACAACGUCAUCAUCUACAGAUAGUUGUAUUCCUCUUGUGACAACAGAGAAUCCAAAUUCCAAAGAUGUUUCCAUAGUUUGCCGCACAGAUGGGUAUGUGCCAAAUCUCUCUUUAACAUCUCCUGAACCAGGGUCUGUAAACUAUGCAAAAUUUGAAAAGGAUAGUACAUGUAGUGACCCUAGUGAUAAGUAUGGAAAGUUGGGUACACCAAAUGCAUCAAAUGAUUACGUUCGAGUUGCAUGCAACCAGACAAAACGUCCUUCCCAUACUGGGUCCAGUCAGCAGCAUAACAGGCAGAUAGAUUCAAAACAAACUGAACCUAACAUUUACUUUUCAAAACCUGCUGGCUCUUCGGGCUAUUGGUCAUUUUCAGAGAUGGGGGAUCAAAGUGCAACACCCCCAUCAUCACCACCACCACCAGUUGGGAAGGCUGAGACUUCAGACAGUAUGCAAUGUGUGCCUAGCAUUAGACUGGGGGCUGAUAGACAAAUGGCAGAGUGCUCCAGCUCAGAUGGAUAUGUGAGUUCAGAUGAGAUGGGGCAUGUUGGCUUUGGCAGUGCAACACAGGGGGAGCUUUCACCCUUUCCUGCUCAGGCAGAGCACAGAGUAAAUGGUGACAUUGCUCCUACAUAUGCAGGUGAAUUGUCAAACGUACCUGGGAUUGCAGUAGAUGACUAUGUGACAAAAGACACUUUGCUGCAGUUGUGUGGAAAUCGGGGGGAAAUUUUCCACACCGACACCAAAGGUAGCACAAAUUUGUUAAAUGCACAAAAGGACACCAAGAACAUUAGAAAUGGUCAAGAUGAUGAUGUUGAUUCAGCACUAGGCUGUGCUUUAAAUGACCAGUCCUCCUCCAGUGACCCAUAUGUGACUGCCAGUGUGUUCCAAAGGACUGGGGGCAAUAGUAGUGAGGACUUUGUAGGUACACAUGAACAUGCUCCAUGUGUGGCAGAAAAUGACUGGCCAUUUGAUGUUUCUGGUAAUGAUCCUCAACCUGCAGACAAAUCAGAUGUUAGUGACUAUGUUGCUACAGUAUUUUCUCCAAACCAAGAGACUUUUGAAAAUGGUUAUGUAUCGGUAAGCAUUCCUCAAGAGGCAUCCAUCAAGGAAGACAUUCCAAAAGAUUUUAGAUGCAAUGCCAUAUCAGCAGCUGGUCCUCUGAAUGGCAAUUAUCUCUGUUCAGAUGCUUCACACACAUCUGAUAAAGAAACCUCGCAAACUUCAGCAACCCCAGAACUUGGAUCUUUUACCAAAGGUGUUAAUAGUGGUGCUGAAAAUGUCGGCAGUACCUCUUCUCCACUACAGUCUGGUUAUGUACUCUAGCACAACUGUGCUCAGCUAAUCAACAUUGAAAUUAAUGCCCUUCUUGUGUUCUAUUCUGUCUCAUGUUCUAAAUAAUGUCACAAUAUUUAGUCAUUAGUUGAAUGUUCCUGAUUCAGAACAUAUAUUGUGUGUGUUUUAAGACAAAGAUUUUCUCUGCAUAUCUGUAUAUAUGUCACAUAUACUAGAUAUCAUUUAUAUGUAUGUAUAUAUGUAAAAAUAUUAUGUUACUGUUAUGAUCUUAAUG